CCUGCAUGAACCAAAGGCUUAAAAUAAAACCUUUUAUACAGCAACCAGAAACCCUAUAAACCCUAACAUCUAGUUCUCUCUGUGACUCUGUCCCUUUCUUAUAUCAUAUUGACUGAAAAAAAGAAAGAAGAAGAAAUGGAUCACAUAGCAGCAGUAGAACAGCAAUUAGUUUCAGAAAGAAUGAGGAGGAAACUUAAUGAAGUAAAUAUUGCAGCCCAAGCUCAACUUGCUCCGGUCCAAGACCACAUCAAUUUCACUCUUCAGCAAGCGUAUUUCAAAUGUGCAUAUGAAUGCUUUGAUAGAACAAGGAAACAAGAGGAGAUAAGCAAUUGUGUAGAACAUUGCAGUGUUCCCGUUGUUAAUGCUCAACAGCAUUUUGAGAACGAAAUGGCCAAGUUUCAAGAAAGGUUAAAUCGAUCCUUGAUGGUCUGCCAAGACAAGUUUGAAUCAGCUAAACUUCAACAAAAUAAAGCCGAUGCAAUCAAUGAGUUGGAGUCAUGCGUCAACCAGUCAAUCGAGGAUAACAUGAAGACAUUGCCACACCUUGUUGGGAGAAUGAAGGCUUCUUUCAACAUUGGUCAUUGAGCCCAGAUGAGUAUUAGAAUAUUGGUUGUAACCCAUUUCUGUUCACUUAUAGAUUCUUAUCUCAAAGCUUGAGAUUUUAUGGGAGGUGUCUACCUAACAAUGCCCUUAAAUUUAUGGCCAUCUGUGAUAAGGCUUCACAUAUUUUUUACAGUUGAACAAGGUUUCCUCUUACCAGUUGAUUUUGGUUUAAAGUAA